UGUGUAUAUAUAUAUAGGUCGAUACAUAACUUGGUUUAUCAGAUUAUAAGAUUUAAUUUCAAGAAAACCCUAAUUAAAAAAAAAAUGGCCGGAGGUAUGGCAAUUAGCAAAGGGGAUAAAGAAUAUCCCGGCAAGCUUACGUGGACGGUGUUAUGGAUUUGCAUGGUGGCUGCUACCGGAGGACUCAUCUUCGGUUACGAUAUCGGGAUUUCCGGUGGAGUCACGUCCAUGCCGUCGUUUUUGGAGAAAUUCUUUCCGCACGUAUACCGGAGGGAGCAGAAUCAUGUGGCCGGUACGAACUCGUACUGCACGUUCAACGACACCGGAUUGACUAUGUUUACUUCGUCUCUCUAUUUGGCGGCCCUAGUCGCCUCUUGGUGUGCUUCGCUUGUGACUCGAAAGCUCGGACGAAAGGCUUCCAUGUGUUUAGGUGGGGUCCUCUUCUUGGCCGGCGCGCUCUUCAACGGCUUCGCCCAAAACCUAGCCAUGCUCAUUAUCGGUCGAGUACUCCUCGGUUGCGGCGUCGGUUUCGCUAACCAGUCUGCACCGGUGUUCUUGUCGGAAACGGCUCCGUACAAGUACCGCGGUGCGCUCAACAUGCUUUUCCAGCUGUCAAUCACCAUCGGAAUCCUCGCGGCCAAUUUGAUCAACUUCUUCACCGCAGACAUGACGAACGGAAACGGGUGGCGAAUAAGCCUAGGUUGUGCUGGUGUCCCCGCCAUUCUAUUCAUAAUCGGCUCCGUAUUUCUCGAAGACACGCCCAAUUCACUCAUCGAGCGCGGCAACAACGAACAAGCCCUAGAAAGGUUGAAAAAAAUCCGAGGAAUCGAAAAUGUCGACGAGGAGUAUGACGAUCUCGUGGCAGCCAGCACGGCCUCCAAGGAGAUUACAAACCCUAGUUUUAAUCUCCUUAGGGCAAAGUACCGGCCCCACCUAGUCAUGGUCACGAUGAUCCCGUUCUUCCAACAACUCACCGGCAUGAACGUCAUCAUGUUUUACGCCCCCGUCUUAUUCAAGACCAUCGGCUUCGGAUCCAACGCCUCCCUCGCGUCGGCGUUGAUAACCGGUGGGGUCAACUGCGUCGCAACCCUAGUUUCAAUAUACGCGGUCGAUAAAGUCGGGAGGAGGGUUCUCUUCCUCGAGGGCGGGAUUCAAAUGUUGAUAUGUCAAAUCGUGAUUACGAUCUGCAUCGCGGUCAAAUUCGGGGUCAACGGCGACCCGGGCGUACUCCCCAAGUGGUACGCAUCUCUAGUAGUGGUUGCAAUAUGCUUUUACGUGGCCGCAUUCGCGUGGUCGUGGGGCCCGCUCGGGUGGCUCGUCCCGAGUGAGAUUUUACCCCUUGAGGUCCGGUCCGCCGGGCAGAGCGUCAACGUCAGCGUGAACAUGAUCUUUACGUUCUUCAUCGCGCAGCUAUUCUUGCCGAUGUUGUGCCACAUGAAAUUCGGACUAUUCAUAUUCUUUGCCGUAUUCGUGUUCGUGAUGACGUUCUUCAUAUACUUUUAUUUGCCCGAGACGAAGGGCAUCCCGAUUGAGGAGAUGUCGCGUAUUUGGAAGGCCCACCCCGUCUGGAAACGCUACUACGAAGACCGUGAUUUCGACGUCGAGAAAUUCGACCGCAUACAUGCUGCUGAUCUAGACUUCACGAAAGAAUUGCACAUUUGAUUUCCUUGGUUUUGUUUUUUAAUUAGGGUUUUAGAUAUUAGGUUCUUUAUUUCCUUGUCUUUUUUUUGU